AUGUGGGUACUCUUGCUGCUGUGGCCUCUGGCCCUGGGGUUCAGCUUGGGUGACACCCAGACCCCCAUCAGCUAUGAGGAGGUGGGGAGCGCAGCAGAAGGCGAUGACAGCACACCGAGGCCCCACCCCCGCGGCUUCCCAGGCCAGCCCUGUACCAAUGACAGCAACACUCUGGAGCUCCCUCCCAACUCUCGGGCCCUGCUGCUGGGCUGGGUGCCCACGAGGCUGGUGCCUGCACUCUACGGGCUGGUCCUGGCAGUGGGGCUGCCUGCCAACAGCCUGGCGCUGUGGGUGCUGGCCACACAGGUGCCCCGACUGCCCUCCACCAUGCUGCUGAUGAACCUGGCGGCCGCUGACCUGCUGCUGGCCCUGGCGCUGCCGCCGCGGAUUGCCUACCACCUACGGGGCCAGCGCUGGCCCUUCGGCGAGGCCGCCUGCCGCCUGGACACGGCCGCGCUCUACGGCCACCUGUACGGCUCCCUGUUGCUGCUGGCCGCUGUCAGCCUGGACCGCUACCUGGCCGUGGUGCACCCACUGCGGGCCCGCACCCUGCGAGGCCAGCGCCUGGCCAGCGGGCUCUGCGUCACAGCCUGGCUGGUGGCGGCUGCCCUGGCGAUGCCCCUGGCGCUGCAGCAGCAGACCUUCCGGCUGUCGCGCUCCGACCACGUGCUGUGUCACGACGUGCUGCCCACCGGGGCCCAGGCCUCCUACUGGCGGCCCGCCUUCAUCUGCCUGGCGGGGUUCGGCUGCUUCCUGCCGCUGCUGGCCAUGGUGCUGAGCUACGGGGCCACUCUGCGCACGCUGGCGGCUGGGGGCCGGCGCUACGGCCACGCGCUGCGGCUGACCGCGCUGGUGCUGGCCUCCGCCGUGGCCCUCUUCGCACCUAGCAACAUGCUGCUGCUGCUGCACUUCUCAAACCCCGGCCCUGACGCCUGGGGGGACCUGUACGCCGCCUACGUGCCCAGCCUGGCGCUCAGCACCCUCAACAGCUGCGUGGACCCCUUCAUCUAUUACUUCGUGUCUGCCGAGUUCAGGAGCAAGGUGCAGGAGGGGUUGCUACGCCGGGGACCUCGCACCACCAAGGCCUCCAAGGAGGGCGGCAGCCGGGCGACGGGGACCCGGUCCUCCUCGCUCGUGUGA